CGGGGAGCGGAGAGGCCGAACGUCGCCUCGCGUCGCGUCCCAAAACCUCCCUGAGGAGGCGCCGCGCGCGCCAAAGUUGCUUCACGUCACUCGCGAGCGCUGAGGCGUCCGCGCGCCAUUCCCAAAUAAUCCCUCCUGGACACUUAACGCAAGGAAACGUUUUGAACAUUUGAUAUUAAUUUCUUGAAACGGGUUUAUUGGCCAUUUCGUGCGGAAAGUGCUGCAGUCUGAAGAGAAUCUCAACGAAGAUGGACGCCGAUCGGCUUUCAGAGCAGCCGCGUUGGGGACGGGACUGAGACCCAGUGGGGGGGGGGCGCGGGUACACACGACUACUAUAGGUACCAAAGAAAAUUAUUUUAUUCUGAAAUAAAAACGAAUUCAGGUCCAUUCAGCGCACGGGUACAGUGCUGUUAUGAAGCGACAUCUCGUGGCCGUAUAAAAUGAACAUAGGAAAGUGUUUAUUCGGUCACUUUCCAGUAACGCAGGAUUAGAACGCUUUCAAACGAACAUUUUCUGUGGGAAAUUAAUUAUAGGAAAAAGCUGAACUGUAAGGCGGGUUAUGAAAAAGUAGUCAGGAAAGCUGAAGUGCAACACGCAAGUUCUUCUAUCUAAAGCGGAGAGCGCGAGUGAAACUCCCUGUUUCUUUGACUUGGGUCAUUUAGCUAGAAAGACUGGACUCCGCUCUCUUAGUAACUUCAUUGCAAAACGUCGCGGCAGCCAGAAAGUGACAGACAAACAAACGAUGACGUCAAAAUAGCGCGCCUGUGCUUUCGGGUUCGCUGGUGGCGGGAAACUGAACUUCCGGUGCGCGUGCCAGUACUACCGCUUCGGUCCCUUUCACAGCAGUGCGAGUCGGAGCGAUGUGUCGCGUGCUCAACUGUAUCGUGGCGGUUUGUCCCGAUGGCGGCAUCGGCAUCAAAGGGAAUUUACCCUGGUACCCGAAGAGACUCAGUAACGAAUUUAAACAUUUCCAGAAGAUGACAAUGACUGCAGUGGAAGGUAAAGAGAACGUGGUGAUCAUGGGGCGGAAGACAUGGUUCUCCAUCCCAGAGCGGAACAGACCCCUGAAGAAUAGGAUCAAUGUUGUGCUCAGCGGAAAUCUCAAAGCUCCACCAGCAGGCGCACACUACCUGGCCUCUGACUUCCCUUCUGCCCUUCAACUCUUGGACGCUGCAGAACUUGCCGGCAAAGUGCAUGAGGUGUGGGUCAUCGGGGGCAGCUCCCUCUACAAGGAAGCGAUGGAGAUGCCGGGUCCUCGCCGCCUCUUUGUCACCAGGGUAUUGCAGCAGUUUGACUGUGACACAUUCCUGCCGCACAUCAAUAUGGACAAGUACAGACUGUUGCCCAGCUUUCCAGAUGUUCCACAGGGUGUACAGGAGGAACACGGUAUCCAGUACCACUUUGAAGUGUAUGAAAGUGUUCCCAACUGAUGUCCGUCCCACCAGCCCACCACAAAUGACCAUCACAUAAAUACUGACAAGUAGCACAUCCUUUUCCAUCUUUAAGAACAGUCGUGUGCUCAAUUAAAGUGUUCUAUUAAUCCCUGCACUUUCUAAGUUCAUUUCAAGGAAGAUUCUCUUCACUUGCUUCUCAUGAUUAUUGGCUGGCAGAGAAUAGAAAAUCUUAAAUGGGGCAGUAAUUGAGGGCAACAGCACACACACACAUAUACAGCUGUGUUGAGCCAUUGCUC